GCUGUCGUUCUGCUGUGUUGCCAUGACCGUUUAUUUUAUGCUUCUUCAGAGAGAUCUGGCAACACUGUCGAGAGGUUUCCCUGGUGUUAGCUAAACAACAUCACGACCUUUGAAGUGGCUAACCCCGGUCGAAUGAAUGAAGUCCGGACACAGGUUUUAGCAUGUCAAAUUUUGCUAUGAGUUCCCUGUGCCGUAUUUUAACCAGUGGAGUGUAUUGCAGCCCGUCGUCGUGUUUAUCCGUAAAGGGACUACGGGAUUUUUGCAGCGGAGUCUCGACCGCGGACCGCGCUGGCAGUGACAGCGUGCGAGCCGCCAGCCCUGUAAGUUUGACCUACGAUGUGUUUGAUGGGAAAGGAGACAGCACGCCAUUGGUGUUUCUUCAUGGCUUAUUUGGGAGCAAAUCAAACUUUCACUCCAUAGCCAAGUCCCUGGUACAGCGGACUGGCAGGAAGGUGCUGACAGUAGAUGCUCGCAAUCAUGGCAAAAGCCCACACAGUCCUGUCUUGACCUACAAAGCAAUGACUCACGAUCUGACGCAUCUGCUUGGACAGCUGCACAUUGGGAAGUGUGUCCUAAUUGGACACAGCAUGGGUGGCAAGGUUGCAAUGACAACAGCUUUGUCACAGCCUAGUUUAGUGGAACGUUUGGUGGUUGUGGACAUUAGUCCCUCUCUUACUUCAGUCCAGACCAGUUUCUGUGCCUACAUUCAGGCAAUGAAAGAGGUGAAGAUAGCCAGUAAUAUCCCACGUUCCACAGCACGAAGACUGGCUGAAGACCAGCUCAGGAAGAUAGUUAAGGAGCGUUCAGUGCGUCAGUUCCUCCUCACUAACCUGGAGGAGCAAAAUGGUCACUAUGGCUGGAGGGUUAACCUGGAAGCCAUCUCAAACUACCUUGAGGACAUCAUAGGUUUUCCUGAUUUUAAUACCACCUAUGAGGGUCCAACUCUUUUCUUGGGUGGCAGUAGUUCAGCCUAUAUAAGCUCGGAAAAUUACCCUGAAAUCCAGAGGCUUUUUCCUUGUGCCGAUAUCCAGUACAUCCCAGAUGCCAGUCACUGGAUUCAUGCUGACAAGCCUUUGGAUUUCAUCAGCUCCAUAAUAACCUUCUUACACUCUUAGUUCUUGUCUCAGGAGAGGAUAUGUACAGGUGGGCCCAAUAAGAAAAGAACAGUGAAUGAAUUGUAAGGGUAUGGACCAAGAUGACUUUUACUGAGUUAAAAUGUAUCCUUAUAAUGCACAACUGAAUCGUUACAUAAUUCCUGAUAGUUAGUCUAUGAAUUUUUUUUAUGUGGUAUUUGCACUGUGGCUUAACAUAGUACAUUAAAUGCGAUUCUAUCAAGAGGAUAUGACUUUCAAUCAAGGACAUUUGUUUGUAGCUCUCAAGUAUAACAUGUUACAUAACAGUGGAUCCAGUGGCUUUAAAAAAAAAUUACUUUACCUUCAUGAAAUUGGAUUAUAUUUAGUUAUAAUUUUAAGCAUAUUGUUAACAUGGACACCCUUUUGCUGUUCUCUGAUAAGAAAUACAAAGAUGUGUAUGCAACAGUGUGUGACUUAUUUAACUGUUUCAAGCCGAAAGCGUCUCUCACAGACUCCUCUUAAGAUCCGAUAAGACCACAACACUUUGAUGUACAGCCGUGGCUGUGUUUGAAUUUGUACUCUUUUUCUGGAAACAGAAAAUUAAAUUGUUUGUGAAAUGUUUUAAUUAAUGCUAUAGGGCAUAAUAGAUUAGCUUUCUUUGUUGUUUAAAAAACUUUUGAGCCUGUGUUGCAAGUUAGGUGUUUUAUUCAAAAAUUUUGUAUGGCUUUACAACAAACAAAUUUGCUGCAAUGUAACUAAGACAACUUUCAGAGCAUCAAGAGUUCUGAUGUCAGGUACUACAUCUCCGUUAUCAAGGAUAAAUACAACUGUUUUACUAGAAAUCUUUCUCUUUUUUGGCCCUGGGUCCAUUUCUUUCAAGCCCCUUGUUCUGAGUUUUAAAACUAGUUCAAUGUAUUUAGUGAAUAAUCAAUAAACAGAUCAAAUAUUUAAGUAUAUAUUUAAAUAUUUAAAUAUUGUGAUAAAAU